GACGCAAGACGUCUUCGCCAUACCGUCAGUUGGCUUAUGAUAAUAAUAAACAACCCCCGAAACAAGAGAAAGGAACCAACCACCAGGACAUGUCGCUCCAUUUCGACCCCAAAGACGUCGAAAAUAUGAGCCGACGCGGCGACGGACCGGUGGCCUAGCGAGCCAGUCGUAGUCUCGGGGAGGUCUCGUCGCGUACAAAGAAUUCCCCCCCUCCCCUCGAGUUUUUAUGUCCAGCCUGGGAGAAGUGGAAUUACGGCUUGCCCCUUCCUUAGCCCCCCGCAGCUAGCUGUGGCUCAUUCCUGCUUCUGCUCCCUCUCGCGUUCGCCUGUUAUGCAGUUUCCCGAGGACUGCGGUCGUACUCGUUCUCCUCCGCCGCCUCUUCUCGCUCCCUCUCCCCCGCUCUCGCUGGGCCCAUGUCUCGUUGGCUCUUCCCCUGGUCGGGCUCCAUCAAGAAGCGGGCCUGUCGGUACCUCCUCCAGCACUACCUCGGCCACUUUUUGCAGGAGCGCCUGAGCUUGGAACAACUGGGUUUGGACCUGUACAAUGGCAGCGGCGUCAUCAAGGAGAUCAACCUCGACGUGUGGGCCGUCAACGAGCUUCUGGAGUCCCUGGGCGCUCCCCUGGAGAUAGUGGACGGCUUUGUGAGCAGCAUCACUGUGACCAUCCCCUGGCAAGCUCUGCUCACCGACCACUGCACUUUGGAAGUGUCCGGUCUCCAGAUAACAUGCAGACCCAAGUAUCGAAUUGGAGGUGGCUGGGACUCCCAAAGCUGGUCAUCCAGCAUGACCUCCAGCAUGCAACUGGCUCAGGAGUGCCUGAAAGACCCUCCGGAGGCGUCCGAGGAGCCGCCGGCCCCACUGGAGGGGUUGGAGAUGUUUGCACAAACCAUAGAGACGGUCCUUCGUCGUAUUAAAGUCACCCUCCUGGACACGAUCGUACGCAUUGAGCAUCAACCCCUGGACCAGGAAACAGGCGUUGCCUUAGAGGUGCACAUCAAACGGUUGGAGUACUUCGACGAGGCGGUCCGCGACCCAUCCGGCCAGACUGCCGUGCCUGUCGACAUCCACCAGCCGCCUGCCUUCCUACACAAGAUCCUCCAGCUGAGUGGAGUCCAGCUACUCUAUGACACCAUUGGCGUGGAUCAGGAAAUUCCUGAGCCGAAACAGCCAGAGUCAACCACUGCUAGUGAGGGAGAUGAGGUGGAGGACGAAAGCGAUGAUGAUGAGAAGGAGGACGAAAGGAAGAAGCCCCUGGAGGUUCCCCUGUCUCAGCCUCUACUCAUAGGCAGCUGCUCCGGUUUCAUCGAGACCACGGUCAAGAUUAAACAGAACGACAUGCUACCCGGACCAAAGUUUGAGUUGGAUGGGAAGGUGGGCUGUGUCCACAUGCUGUUGUCUCCGGCUCAGAUAACUCACCUGACUGACUUGUUGGCAGCUCUUUGUAUAGAAACAGAGUCCGAGACAAAGCUUGGUGGGGUGCGUAGUCGCCCGCUAGACUCUGAUGACCUGCGUAUGAUCGAAGAAGACCUCAGCAAGCAGUUGGGCUCCAGCCCCAGAGACAAAGAGUGGGAUGCCGAAUACGACCUGGAGCCUUAUGUCACCACAUUGGAAAACGGAGAAAUGUUCUAUUCCAUGGGCCCCGCGGGGAUGAGCAGCAGCGUGACAUCGGUGCGGUCGGGCAGCGAGCUGUCAGACAGCGAUAUGGACUCUUCCACACAUAGUCUGGCCAGCCUCACUCAGCCUGGAGCACUCGCUGCACAGGGCCUCAUGAGCUGUCCCAGACGUUACCCAGUAGCAGGUUGUCUCUCCAGUCUACCACAGGCCAGCCAUCGAAUCAGAGGUCGCUCUCAAAGUGGCAACGCGGAGCAGCUGAAGCCAGACGCGCUGCUGCGUCUGACUCUGGGCGGCCUCACCCUAACCAUGCUGCAGGAGGACCCGCCCUCUAAGAUGGACGGUGCCUACUCAUUGGCUCAAGUGUCUCGGGUUUUCUUCCGAGAACUCGCCUCCUUUAAGGACAGCAUGUUUGGAGAGAGAGACUUUCACCACUUGAGAAGUGGGUUCGCCAAGGCCUGCCCUCACUCGCACCUCAGAGUGAUGGGGGCUGCGGUGCAGGUUUCCUGUGAGAUGCGAAGCGGGAGACUCCACAGUCGCGCGGUGACCUCCGACAUCUCCUUCAGCAGACUAGAAAUGUUGGAGUGCCUCUGGGAGAACGGCAAGCCUCAAUACUGCGAGUUGCUCCAAUUCCAGAAAGCCAGCAUGUUCACAGUGGGAGUCUCAGCCAAACCGUGUGCCCAGCUACACUAUAGCCUCACUGAGAAGCACCUGAGGAAGGGUAAACAGCGUGUGGUGCGGCGUGACAGCGUGGUGCGGGUGGAGCUGGAAGAUCUCAGUGCCGAGUUGGACCUGGACAUCCUCAGUCGGCUGGGGAACCUGAGCAAGGCCUUCAGCCACAGUCCUGCAGAGCCUGCUGGCCCCGACAACCUGCAGACGCAGAGCAGUGAGCUGUACACCUCUUUCUCCCUCCUCGCCCCGCACGCCGUCCUCAGGCUCCGUUUUCCCAUCCCAGACCUGCGGCCCCCCUCUGAGCGCCAGCUUCUGAGCCAAAGGGCGGUGAGGGAGGAGACGUUGGUGUUGGAACUGACCAAGCUGGAGCUCAGGCACCAAGAAGCGCCGGACCUCCAGAGCGGGCAGCCCUGCCAGGGUCAGCUCUCGGCCCCCUGUCUCACCCAGCUCUUGGAAGCCUCCUUUACUGACCUGCAUGGGUCGUACGAGGGCUGGGAGGGAGGCUCCUUCCCCUGCAUCAAAGUGAAAAAAAACCUUGACUCUCUGCCCCGGCUAUCAGUGCGAGUGAGGGGAGGAGAGACGCAAGGCCCCACCGCAGGUCUCGUGGGCUUGAACCUGGGCCUCGCCCAAGACCUUGGGGCCGCCUUCUUCGAAAGCCACUGUGAGCUCAACGACAAAACUAGCUCCCCGUUCUCCUCCAACCGCACCAUGUUUGAGACAGAAGAGAUGGUGAUCCCUGCCGACCCCGAGGAGAUGAGUCAGUUUCAGGCCCAGUGCGUGGCUCAGUGUCAAUGUGCUGUGGAUAUCAGAUUUCCACUCGUCUACAUUCUUCUGCCCAGCAAGCAGGCUUUCCAAAGCAUCUACAACAGUAAGCCUGAACCCCCCCCCCGCAGGAUCAAUAAUGACCUGUUGAUGUGGGAGCCGCCCCCAUCUGCACCCUCCUCAGCCCACAGCCCCACGCACGGGCGCCAACAGCAUGACGAGUUCCAACUCUGCAAGUCAGCCUUUAGACUCGACUCCGACUCGGAGGAGGAUGAACCUCAGUUCUACAUGGCCAGUGAACCAUCAGGACGGACUAAGUCGGCGCUGCAGCACAACCCCAACCACAACCUCAGCCUUCUCUCCCUGACUGUCGUCAUUGGUAAAGGUCGCCUUCAAGCCAGGACGGACAAGAAGGAGGACCAGAGCCAAGGAGAACUUGUGCUUGACCUGGAAGGAGGGAAGAUAUUCAGUGUAGCACAUCACCAGAAUGACCCAAAUCUCAGUUUCUUGUGUCUGGAGAGUCGACGAGUGGAGCUCUACCAUAAGGCUGUCGUGAAAGACAUGGCGAUUCCGCCACGGAUAGAAAUGCCCAACUUCGCUUCCCUAAAGUGCUUGGACCCGACCAUCUACCCCACUGAGGUGGGAGUCAGCAGCGUGAGAGGCAGGGAGGCGGAGCCACAGAUGUUGUCCACAGCCAUCAAAAUCACUCUGGAUGCACAGCGAAACGUCAAGGAAUUCCUUGUCGCCCUUCGUCUUCAGGGCGCCACCAUGCGGCAUUACGUGACACAGACCAGUCUCAGCUGGCACGAGCAGCUGGUUGAUUUCCUGGAUGUCAUCGACGACCCUAUUUUGGGAUACACUGCACCCGCUGUCAUCACCGUCCUCCACACGCACCUGGCUACAUGUGCCGUUGACUACAGGCCGCUGUAUCUGCCACUGCGAAUGUUGCUCACAGCAGAAUCCUUCUCUCUGUCCAGUAAUAUCAUUGUAGACACAGCCACCUUCCACCUCAGAUUCAUCCUGGAUGACUCCGCCCUCUACCUCUCGGACAAAUGUGAUACUGACGUAGUGGACCUGAGGAGGGACUAUAUUUGUGUUCUGGACAUUGACCUGCUGGAGCUUGCCGUCACGACGUGGAAAGGCAGCGACACAGGAAAGAUGGCCCAACCUCUGUUUGAACUCCUCUGCUCCAACAACGUAGUUCACAUCCACGCGUGUGCUGAUUCGUGCGCCGCCUUGGUCAAUAUGCUGCAGUACCUCGUGUCCCAGGGUGACCUGCAUCCCCCACCUCGGCACACCUCGCCCACGGAAAUAGCCGGCCAGAAGCUACCACUGUCUGAGAGCCCCGCGUCUGUGCUUCCCUGCCCUGCUGCUGAAACUGCUGAGAUCAACCAGUGUGAUCUGACUGAUGCCUUAAUAGACACCGACAAGAGCCACCAGGAAGACAGGAUAGAGCCAGGCUCGCCCUCCAUGCCAAGGGGCUCGCCCGUCUCGAUCUACCUGUUCCCAGGCGAGGCCUCCAGGCACGACCUCUCUGUGCUGGAGGAGGAGGAGAACUCUGAGCUGGACGGUCUGGUCGGCACAGCAACCGAAGCACAGGCAGACAUGAUGAUGGACGAAGAAAGCUCCCAGGGCUCCACUGACAAUGAUGAUUUCUGCAUCCUGGAGGCUCCUGGCAUGGGCAUUCCUCCGAGGGACGGCGAGCCCGUGGUGACGGUGUUGGCCGAGGGUCCCAUCCAUGUGAAAGACAGCCACUUCUCCAGGCCGCGAGGGAGCUCCGACCUUCUCCGCGCUCCCAGCCACUUCCCGGUGCCCCAAAGUCGAGUGGUGCUGCGGGAGAUCUCUGUCGUGUGGCAUCUCUACGGCGGCAAGGACUUUGGUGCUAAGCCCUCGUCGCUACAUGGCCAACAUGCAAAUAGGGGUCGUUCCUUCCCCGCCGGCGCCCGAAGCUCGCCGUCCCGCUCUGCCGGUUCCUCUCGUCCUCAGAACUCGUGGAGGUGGGCCGGAGGCAGCGGCCGUCAGCACAGCCUCCUCAUGGAGAUCCAACUCACCAAAGUGUCUUUCCAGCACGAGUCCUACCCGGUGGCAGUGGCAGGACAAGACGGGGAGAGCUCACCGUCCGUCGGGGUCGGUCCGGCAGGGGAGCAGCCCAUUUCUAGGCAGGUUUUCAUUGUCCAGGAGCUGGAGGUCCGUGACCGCCUGGCCUCCUCGCAAAUCAACAAGUUCUUGUACCUCUAUACAAGCGAGAGCAUGCCCCGAAGAGCCCAUUCUAACAUGUUGACCAUAAAGGCCCUACAGCUGUGUCCUGAGUCCGGUCUUGGUGGGCCAGAGUGUUGCCUACGAGUCAGCUUGCUGCCACUCAGACUUAACAUUGACCAGGAUGCGUUGUUCUUCUUGAAGGACUUUUUCAGCAGUCUAGCCUAUUCUGUGAACCCCUACCUGCCUGUGGACCCUGCUUCUGAAGUGAAAGCGGACCCCUCCCAGAAAGCGUCCGAAGAGGCGGAGGCAGGCGGCGCUCUGGGAGUGGAUCUCUCAGCUUCAGUAGAAACUACUCACAGCGAGCAGAGUUCCUCCUCAGCCGGCUCUACCUCCUCCACGGAACAGCCCAUCUACUUCCGCGAGUUUCGUUUCACCUCUGAAGUGCCUAUCUGGUUGGACUAUCAAGGCAAACACGUGGUCAUUGAACAGGGAACCUUUGCAGGGAUUCUGAUCGGUUUGGCUCAGUUGAAUUGUUCUGAGCUGAAGCUGAAGAGGCUGUGCUGUCGACACGGCCUGCUCGGUGUUGACAAAGUCAUCCAGUACGCCGUCACAGAAUGGCUGACUGACAUCAGGAAGAAUCAGCUGCCUGGCAUUCUGGGAGGCGUCGGCCCCAUGCAUUCUGUUGUUCAGCUGUUCCACGGGGUGAGAGAUCUCUUCUGGUUGCCCAUUGAGCAGUACAGGAAAGACGGGCGGAUUAUCCGGGGUCUCCAGAGAGGGGCCGCGUCCUUCGGCACAUCCACGGCGUCUGCUGCACUGGAGCUUAGCAACAGGCUGGUGCAGGCCAUUCAGGCUACCGCUGAGACGGUGUACGACAUCCUGUCUCCGACGCCUCCGUUGAACCGCUACGCCAUCACAGAGGGCCGGGCCCCUUCCAGUCGGCCGCGCCGCUUUGCCCAGCCCGCCGACCUCCGAGAGGGCGUCGCCAAGGCGUACGACACCGUCAGAGAGGGAGUAAUUGACACAGCUCAGACGCUUUGCGAUGUAGCAUCCCGUGGGCACGAACAGAAAGGUCUGCCCGGCGCGGUAGGUGGCGUCCUGCGGCAGAUCCCGCCCACCGUGGUGCGCCCGCUCAUAGUGGCCUCGGAAGCCACCUCGAGUCUGCUCGGAGGCAUGCGCAACCAGAUCAAACCGGAUGCAAGGAAGGAGGACUUCUUAAAGUGGCGCACAGAGGACUGCCAAGAAUGACUGCUUUGUUGCACGUGUGUGUGUGUGUAGAUGUGAGACCUAAGAGUGAAAGCUGGGUUCAAAUGUGUGUGUGUGUGUGUGUGUCAUUUUUUUUGCAUUUGCGUGUAGACUAACAAGUGUGUGGUCCAAGUGUGCAAAAAAAAAAAAACAACAACACCACAAUGACUAACACCUACUGUGACACCCAUUGUUGUAUACAUGGGUUGUAUCACUGAUUCAUGUAUGCAGCAGGAACUCUGUGAGUUUCACCUCCCGCUCAGUAUUACGCUCACGGUCACAUUCUCCUCACUGUUUGGUUUAGUGUGCAAACAUAUCGCCAUCAUGGUCCCCUCUGUUUUCUAGUUCAGUGGCAUCGCCCAGUGUACAGGGAAGGGAAAUGGGAGACAGAACUCACAAGAACAUAAGAGACUUCAUGUCGCCUCUACAUUUUUAUGUUUUUGAAUUUUUGGACGUGUGCCAUAAAGUGAGCAGAGUAUCCUUUUUUUAACAACACUGGCUUGUGUUGCCUUGUUCAAUUCUACACCCUUUCAAACUGAAAAGCUCAUCUUUAAUUUGCUUGACUAAAUAGAAACACUUGAACUCUAAAUCUAAUCGCAAACUUGACAAAAUCACAUGAGACCCCCGACUAUCUCGCUCAAUUUUGUCGUAAAGUCAUCCUGUGGUUCUUCAACUUCUAUUAAUUUUUUUUUUUUUUUUUUAGAGAUUUUGAGACAAGGGUUAGUUCGGAACUUUGUACCUUUCCCCCUUUUUUAAGUUGCCUUUCUGCAUUUUGUUUUUCCCCCCAUUUAAUUCAGUUUAUGUUAUAUUCAUUUUUUUUCAAGCGAUGAUGGGAUGUGAAUGUAGUAACCACUGAGGAUAUGAAGUUUGUGGUUCUAAAAAAAAAAAAAGUUUUACAUUUGUAUCUUUUGUUAUGAUGUACCUAUGACUAUGAGUGCGUGACAGAGCGUGUGCUUGCGUGCGUUUCCUGAUGCAUGUCUGAGGGGGUGGUUGUCUUGUAACGAGGGUAUGCUUGUAAUUGCUAUUUACAAUAUCAUCAACAGGAUAAAUGACCUGUAUAUAACAAAGCAAUGGGUAUAUAAUAAAUUUUAAAAAAUA